CUUUAAAGCACUGUGAUGGCUUGUCUUGAAGUGGCAAAGGACCAACCCAUUCAACCUAUACUCACUUUCAUCUUUUCUUUCUACUCUUGUCUUUUCCUCUGUUCUGAAGACAUUGAAGACAUGACCAUCAUCACUCUUGAGGAUCUGAGGAGGGACUCUCUUGAGAUAUGUGGGGACUUCAAUAAAAUCAAAGAGGAGGUGAUCAGAGCUGUGGGUGGGGAUCAAAACGAGGUAGACCGGCUGCUAACUGUGAGGAUCUUGAUGGGCUUGGAUGAAUUCUACAAGAAGAGAAAGCGGUACCAGGAGAAGAAGCCAUUGGAGUCAAGAAAGUCCAGGAAACCCAAGAAGCAGAGAAAGAACCUGACAGAGAUCAAGCACCCGGUUCCAACCCAAAUGCCAACCGAGUUCAAGGACAAAAUCGCAGGGCUGCAGGGUUUGAAUAUCAAGCUUGUGAUUCAAAAAGAAUUGACCAUCACUGAUAUGAACCCUUCUCAGGACCGGUUUUCAAUUCCAAGGGGCCAAAUGAGGUUUGACUUUCUAAGCAAUGAGGAUCAAGCCCGUCUUAAGGAGAAAGAAGCAAAUGGAAAACACUUCAAAGGCAAGAAAGUGCCAUUGAUAGAACCAGGCCUUAAGGAAUCGAGCGUCUUCUUGAAGAAGUGGAAAUUCGGUAACAGCAGCAGCUAUGUGUUGAGCAACCCUUGGAUGGAUAUUGCAAAGAGAAACGGGCUCAAGCCAGGAAAUAAUGUACAACUUUGGUCCUUCAAAGUCAACCAAAAGCUCUGCUUGGCCCUCAUUAAUCUAGAUAAUUAGUACUGUGCUCAGCAGCUACGUGUUGAGCAACCCUUGGAUGGAUAUUGCAAAGAGAAACGGGCUCAAGCCAGGAAAUAAUGUACAACUUUGGUCCUUCAAAGUCAACCAAAAGCUCUGCUUGGCCCUCAUUAAUCUAGAUAAUUAGUACUGUGCUCAGCAGCUACGUGUUGAGCAACCCUUGGAUGGAUAUUGCAAAGAGAAACGGGCUCAAGCCAGGAAAUAAUGUACAACUUUGGUCCUUCAAAGUCAACCAAAAGCUCUGCUUGGCCCUCAUUAAGCUAGAUAAUUAGUACUGUACUUUUUGUUUCUUGUCAGUUCUUUUUAUUUGGGCUUGUUGUAAAAGUAUAAUCACUACAACUUAACUCGUUUUCUGUAUAAUUAAUUCUGUUGUUCAGUUUAA